UCAGGUGGUCACCAAAGAGCCCAGCAACUACACUUUCUCCCCUUACUAUCAGCACUCGCGGCCAGUUGCCACGAUUGUCAUCUUCGCCUACAUGCUCAUCUUUUUCCUGUGCAUGAUCGGCAACUCCCUCGUCUGUCUGAUAGUGGUGAGGAACCGGCAGAUGAGGACGGUCACCAACAUCUUCAUCCUCAACUUGGCUAUUAGUGACCUCUUUGUGGGCAUCCUGUGUCUGCCAAUCACGCUGGCUGACAACUUGAUAACAGGAUGGCCAUUCGAUGAAGUUGUUUGUAAAAUGAGUGGACUCGUCCAAGGAGCAUCUGUUUCUGCAUCGGUGUUCACCUUGGUGGCCAUCGCAGUAGAAAGGUUCAGAUGUAUCGUGUACCCAUUCCAACAGAAACUCACCCAAAGGCAAGCCAUUAUCACCAUCACCUUCAUCUGGGCAUUAGCCAUCGUCAUCAUGUGUCCCUCGGCAGCCACGCUGACCGUAACCAAAGACGAGUUCCACUUCAUGGUUGACGAGCACAACAACACCUACCCUCUGUACACCUGCUGGGAGGCAUGGCCGGACCAGAGCAUGCGCAAGAUCUACACCACCGUGCUGUUCUCACACAUCUACCUGGCGCCCGUCACGCUCAUCGUCAUCAUGUACACGCGCGUGGCCCUCAAGCUCUUCAAGUCGCCGGCGCAGCUCCGCGAGGGCCGGGCCGAGGAGGACGGCCGUCGGGUCUACCGGCGCAAGAUCAAGGUCAUCCACAUGCUCCUGAUUGUGGCCAUGCUGUUCACCGUAUCGUGGCUGCCGCUGUGGACGCUAAUCAUGCUGACGGACUACGGGAACAUGACGCCGAGCCAGAUCAGCAUGCUGUCGGCUUACGUGUUCCCGUUCGCCCACUGGCUGGCGUUCUUCAACAGCAGCGUCAACCCCGUGGUCUACGGUUACUUCAACGAGAACUUCCGCCGUGGCUUCCAGGCGGCGUUCCAGUUCCAACUGUGCCUGGCUGAGGUGCCCAGCGUGGUGCAACCACGGAGGCCCGCCGUGGGGCGCCACAAUCGGGUGUUCAUAGACGGACAGAGCGGCCAGCCCCAAGCGCAGGACACCCGGAGGAGAGAGUUCUGUGGGCAAGAGAAACAGAACGAGCUCGUACUGGAGGACAUCGACUGA